AUCAAACUAUAUUUGAUUUGAUAUUGUAUUUGCGAUUUCAAUUUGUAAUUUCCUAUAUGUUUAUUAAUAAAGUGUCAUUUUUGCUAUGUGGUUUAUUAAAAAAAUGUACAGUCCGUUAAAAAAAAAGUGGUAGAGGGCCUUUCUUUCCUUUUUCCUCAUUGGACCUGUGGAAGCAAGAUGGGUCACCAGCAGCUCUACUGGAGUCAUCCCCGAAAAUUCAGCCAGGGAUCUCGCUCUUGCAGAAUGUGCUCUAACCGCAAAGGUCUGAUCCGGAAGUACGGGCUCAACACGUGUUUCCACCAGUACGCGAAGGGCAUUGGAUUCAUUAAGUUGGACUAAUCGAUCUUUGAACGGAUUAUCCAAGACAUCAAGCCCAAUGAAAGACCAUAUUUGAACAUAAAAUAAAAAUUAAGGAAACCUUAAAAAAAAGUGGUA